AUGGAUGACAUUGCCGUCAAGCGGCUCUUGUCAAUCCACGAGAAAUGCCAGUUCCAGACGCUGGGGACGAUGAUCGACUGCAGCCGCAAUGGCGUCAUGCGUGUUGAGAGCGUAAAGUUCUUGUGCAGGAAGCUAGCUCUGAUGGGGUACAACAUGCUGCAACUGUACACCGAAGAUACAUACAAAAUUGAGGAAGAGCCCUUCUUUGGAUACCUUCGCGGAGGCUACUCCCAGGCCGAGCUUCGAGAGAUCGACGACUACGCGCAUUCACUGGGCAUCGAGGUCAUCCCUUGCAUUCAGACACUUGGUCAUCUUGGGCAGAUGCUUCAGUGGCCUCGCUUUCUCUCGUUGCGAGACACGUCCGAGGUCCUCUUGGCCGACCAUCAAGAGACAUAUACAAUGAUCUCCAAGAUGAUCUCAACGGCGACCGCCCCCUUCCGCUCUAAAAAGAUCCACUUGGGCAUGGACGAGACGCACGGACUCGGACAUGGACGCUAUCACAGCGUCUUUGGACAGCACAACUACAAGGAGCCGACUCGCAUCUUCAUUGAUCAUCUUUCCAGGGUCAAUGCCAUCUGUCUAGAUCUUGGCCUGGAGCCAUGCAUCUGGAGCGACAUGCUCUUCUGUCUCAAUGCCCGUAACGAUUCCCUUUUGGGUUACUACGACUCGGCGCAGCCCACGCUGUCCGUCCAAGGGAUUCCUGACAAUCUCGACCUUGUCUAUUGGGACUAUUACCAUACAUCCAAGGAAAGCUACGCGAACCGAAUCGAGAGCCACUGGAAGCUGGGGAGAAAGAGUCCGUGGAUGGCAGCUGGAAGCUGGACCUGGAGUCGCUUCUGGACGGCCUUGCCCUUUACAUUUGCCACAUGUAAAGCUAGCAUGAACGCAAGCAAGGCCCCGUCAAGCGGCGUGACGAGGGUUUUCCUCACCAUUUGGGGCGACGAAGGAAACGAGGUCGAUCUCUUUUCUUCGCUUCCCGCUUGGUCCUACUAUGCAGAGCAUGCCUACGAGAGAGGCAGCGAGGUCGACAUCCCUCGCCUCAAGUCAUCCUUUGAUGGCAUCUGUGGUGCCAAUUUCGACGACUUUGUCAUGGCCUCUCGCCUUGACGAUACCAAUCCCGAGGCACAGAGCAUUGACGAUCGCAUCCACUUUGCUCCAAAUACUUCCAAGUGGCUUCUUUGGGAAGAGCCCAUCCUGGGCUUUGUCUCGCCAACCGUACAAGCCUCUGGUCUCGACUUGGAGUUCCACUAUGCCACCUUGGCCUCGUACCUCCACGAUCGUCUUUCGACACAAUCUCUCGUGGUACCGGGCGAAGUCGAGUCGCCGCCUCGCAGCCUGUUGGAUCACCCUUUCAACGCGAGGCUGAGAAUGCCACAGCUAUUGGCCAAGGUGCUGAGCCUCAAAGCUGCCCUUCGUCUUCGGCUUCACUUAGCCUAUGUAGACCAAGACUGGCCCGAGUUGGCUGCUCUGGCGGGAAGGGGACCAGACUCGCGCAUGUUCCAGCUAAGAAAGGCGCUCAGGCAACUCCACAACUACCACCGCCAGCUCUGGAUGUCUGUGUACAAGCCAAAUGGCUGGGAAGUCGUCGAACUCCGCUACGGCGGCCUAGCAUCGCGUCUGGAGACGAUGCACGAGCGUGUUGCCAGGUUCUUGGAUCAUGUCGGAGCAGGAGGACAGGUUGGCGUGCCUCGAGGCAAGAAGCCCGAAGGGCCCUUGUCACUACCGGACGAGGGCCUCAUGCUCAAUGCAGAAGCGGCCGAACAGAGAGUGUAUGAGGAGCAAGUCGACUCUAUUCCCGAACUUGCUCAAAAGCUCGAGGUUGUGUACGGCAGCGCCGAGCAGCUUCUUGACUAUCACAGAGUCAGCAGGGUAACCUAUUGCUAA